UUCCAAAUCUGCCAUUUCUUCCAAGGAAACUGAUGUCUUUUGCUCGGAGAUCAGUUGUAAUUGUUGUUGUAGUUGUAAUUCAAGAGGGCACCAGCUUCCACCUGAAGAUCGGCAACUCCAGCCCGCCACAUUGUGUAUCUGUUUGUUGCCAAGUCGCCCUCUGACCUCAUUCCUUAUCACGGCGAUCCCCUGAGCCCCGCCCACCGCCAUCCUUCACCCAGCCUGUCGAAGAAGCUACGCCCACAGUUCCUGAACGACGGCAUUUGAAAACUUGGGCGAGCUCAUCCGGGCCCGUAGACAGGGGGGGUGCAGGAAAGAAAGAGGUGAGCUCCUGGCUAACGUUGGCCGUUUGUUUUCCCUAUGCUGGCGCCUAAACCGGCCUAGUGUUGAAAGAGGAAGAGAAGGCUUGAGGCGCCAGACUUGGGAGCGGGCCGAAGUCUUUUGUCGCCGGGCUUCCCCCCCUUCUCUCCCUUUCUUUCCAGGCUGACAGUGGGCGCGGCCGGCGUGUACGUCACCCAUUGUUUACAAACCGGCCGCAGCACCCACAACAGUGUUUGGGAGCGAGCGCGCCACAGAGCGGACGGCGGCUUGGUCGAGGCCGGCGACGUAGAGGAGCCGCGCGUGCCGAGCCGAGCGGGAAGCAGGGCGAGCGGAGGGGUUGCGAUGCCGUGCCGGCGACCGGGCGGGGAGCGCUUCUUGCUGCUGGAGCGCGCCGUGUCCCUGCCGAGCAGCCAGGUGGGCGCCAAGGAGGUGGACGCGCUGGUGGCCAAGUUGGGCGAGGUGCUGCAGCUGAGCGCCCAGCACCGGACUCCGCCGCCCCGACUGCCCAAGCACCACGGCCGGGACCGCGCGGCACCCUACUCGGCCCCGAGGGGGCUCGGCUUCUUCGCCUCGCUGCACCGCCCGCCGCCUCAUCCGCGGCCGCCGCUGCUGCCCCCCCCGCCGCCGCCGCCGUCGGACAAGAAAGGCAGCCCGCGGGUGGCCAAGCAGCUCUGCGGCCGCGGCUGGCUGAGGAGCGCCGGAGGCAGAAAGAAGCCGCGGCGGCACCCGCUGCUGCCGGCCGGCGACGAAGAGGACCCGCACCGGCUCCUCGAGCAGCUCAUCCUCUCCGGGAACCUCAUCAAGGAAGCCGUCCGGCGCCUCCAGCUGGCAGCCGCGGCCUCGACGGCGCUGGGGGAGGCGUCCGUCACCGGCUCGCCGGGCUCCGCCUCGUCCGCUGGGAGCUGCCGCAGCAGCAGCGGCGAAGGAGACUCUGGCGUUCAGCCGGCUACCGCCGCGUUCGCCGGCUCGCCUCUGCAGCCGCUGCCCUAACCCCCUCGGGGAGGCGAGACCGCGGGGCGCCCGUGGCGGAGACGCUGCCUGUCCGCUCCCGGUCCCACGCGCACACUGAAAGGCCCCGGCGGCUGAGG